AGAAGAGGUAAAGGUACAUUUGGAUCCCAAAAACAAAAACAAACUUCAAAGACACAUUUCGUUCUACUUAUAUUAUUGCCACCAGAAUUUUCCACUCCCAAAAUUAUAUUUUCAACAGUCCUAAAAACUCACAAUUAAGUCACAACUAUUGAGAGAGAUGGGCUGCCCUCAAAAUUUCGUCUCCCGCCAUAACCAUCCUCACUUCACAAUUUCUCUACUCAUUCUACUGAUUUCCUCAUCCUCCCACUUCACAUCAAUAUUCCAUGUCGAAGGCAGAAAAUUACAAGGGGCGUAUGCAAGUUCAACGAGAGUGGAAGUAGAGAAUAGGAUGUGGCGGGUUCAAAUCGGGUCAAGCCCACCUCGGUGUGAACGGAUAUGUGGGUCUUGCAGUAGGCACUGUGAGGCUGUUCAAGUGCCCACCACAAACCCAAAUAUUAAGGCCCAAAUCGAAAACUCAAGCUCCAGUGAUGAUAAUAGCAAUUACAAGCCCUUGAGCUGGAAAUGUAAAUGUGGGAAUUUCAUUUUCAACCCUUAGUGUAUGUAUGUAUGUACUAUUUUUUUUUUUUAAUUUUAAAUUAUUGGUAUUAUUACUAUUGCAAAACCUGUUAAAUCUUGUGUAUAUAAUAUAUAUAAUUAUAUAUAUAU